AUGGGGCUGUGCCCCCCCCGGCCCCCCCCCGCUCUGCAGCCCCCCCUGCUCACCAACCACGUGGUGCAGUUGGUGACCGCGGCCACCAGAGCCCCGGGGGGGACCCCACGGACCCCAACACAUGGAACAGCCCGAAGGUUCCCAGGGCCUGCAGGGGUCCUGCCCCAUAUGCACCCAGGAAAGCUGCAGGAGGAGAUCCUGAUCUCAGCUCCCCACACCCCAUCCCAUGGGGCCAUGGCCAAGCCGCGGGCAGAGCCCAUACCCACAGAGGAGGAGUUCAGGACGGGGCCAUGGAGCACAAUGAGGACAGAGCUGGAGCUGGAUGAGAGGGACCCCGGAUGCUUCCUGCGCUCCUACAGUGUGGUCAUGGUGCUGCGCAAGGCCGCCCUGAAGCAGCUCCCCAGGAACAAGGUCCCCAGCAUGGCCGUGAUGAUCAAGACCCUGAGCAGGACCCACAGCGAUGCCAGUGCCGUGUUCCGGGACCCCACUGGGGAGAUGCAGGGCACAGUGCAUCGGCUGCUGCUGGAGCAGAGGCAGGGGGAGCUCCGGCCUGGAUCUGUGCUGCUGCUCAGGCAGGUGGGGGUCUUCUCCCCAUCGCACCGCAACCAUUACCUCAACGUGACCCCCAGCAACCUGCUCAAGAUCUACCCCCCAGAGCCCAAUGGUGGCUGUUCACAACCAGCACCGGCACCAGUACCGGCACCAGCACCAGUAUCAGCACCAGUAUCAGCACCGGCACCAGCACCGGCACCAGUACCAGCACCAGCACCAGCACUGGUCCCUGCCCCACUGCGCCCCACAGAGCCCCCCCGGGGUGGCCAUGGGCACUGGGGGGGGCUCUUGAGGCCCCAUAGCGCGGAGCAGGAGGAGGCAGAGGCAGCUGGAGGCGAGGAUGGGGAUGACCUGGACGGGCUCCUGGGACAGCUCCCAGAGGAUUUCUUCUGCCCCCCAUCCGGAUCCGACAGCCGCUGACCCCAUGGACCAUCCCCCAUUCCCUAUGGGACCAACCCCACAUUAAAGGGCUCUUCUAUCCCCA